AUGUCAACUCCCUACUGGGGCCAGCUCCCCCCGCCCAAAGCUGUUCAAGCUAAGGCCUAUCGCCUGUCGGAUGAUCUGACAACGGGCGGCGACCGUCCCCAGUCAUUGGAUGGCGCCGUCCAGGCUCAGCCGCAGUCGAACCGCGUCUCGGUCCAGACUACAAAAUCCGAUGCGCUGACCGACUCGACUAUGAGCCCCUUCGUGUCUCCCACCGCUUCAAGCUUCCAGGGAGGACUGGCCCCCCGCCCCCCCUCGCUCCCUUACGGCGCCAACCAGUACCCCCCGGAACUUGCAGAGAACCGCCGCCGUCGCAGAAGUCGCAACCAAGAUUCCGACCACGACUACUCGGCCCCCUCCGGGCCCCCGCCUCCCGCCGCCCCCGAAGUACCGCGAGCUCCACCUAUCAGCUACAGGCAUUCCUCCGGGAGCGGCCCGGCACACGCGUACCCACCGGGGCCUCCGCGCCCCAGCAGGCAGAUGGACGCCGACGAGUACCGCAGCUCCCCGACCUCGGGUGGGCUGAGCGAGGACCACCCGGUUCUGGACAGGGCGCGAACCACGCUAGCUGCCAACGCCGCCUCCCGGGACCAGGGCCAUGGCCAAAGUCAGCGCAACAGCACCGAUCCCGCACUCGCCAGAAACAUGUCGAUGCGCGACGAGACAGGCGGCCAUAAGCGCAGGGCCUCUGCCGCCGACCAGGUGCUGCAGUAUAGGAACAACAGGAGGCCAUUGGCGAACCACCCCACUGACCGAUCGAAAAUGUUCGCAGUCGACCGCUCACCGCUACAGAGGCUUGAGCUGACGCUGGACAGCAUCUCCAAAGAGGAUAAACGGGCACGCGCAGAGGCGGCCGAAAGAGCCGCGCGGGAGAGGGCUGCUGGGCCCGCAACAGCAGCAGUAGCGGCGCCAGCAACUGGCCCAGCCCCAGCGCAGCAGGCCGACCGGAGCCUGACGUCCCAACAAGCUCGUUACCAGCAAACCCAACCCUCCACGCCCGGCCAGGAGGAGUCAAAGCCGAAUUCGCUGGCGCCAGUGACGCCCACACGGGCUGCACAGGGCGUAGCCAUACAGCACGGCCCUCUCUCGCAAAACCCCCCCGAGGAAGGGCGGAGAUACACCGCCAACCAGAAGUCGCCGCGAGCUCAAGCGCCCGAGUCGCGAAUACCUAUCCCAAGCUCGGGCGCGCAGCAAUCCGGUAUCCCACAGCGGAAUCUCAGCUUUCGCGAACGCGCAGCGAAAAAUGAGAUGAAACUGGCCAACGGGCUAGACGGUCCCUCGUCGACCAUCGAAGCGUCAUCGCCAGCGAAAUCGCCAAUGAGCGGCGUUGCAUUAAUAAGGAGCGGCACCAAUAAGCUCAAGAAAAACCCCCCGGCUGAUCCUUGGCCUGAACGCUCAGAGGAACUUCUGCCGCCUGUGCAAAUGCGGACCGGCCCAGCGCCGCGCAAGGUAAGGGAGGGCGGGCCUGCAGCUGCUGUAGCUGUAGCUCAUAGAUCAGCCGGCGCACCGGGGCGUGUUGAGCCCAAUGUGCAGCCACGGCGUCUCGCAGACGACUACGACGACGACUACCAGGUGUCAACUCCGCCUGCCGUAGCAAAGCUCGUCAAGUCGGCUAGCCAAAGAAAGGCCGACCAGAUACUGGGGCUAGGCCCAUCCUAUCAACCGCCGGCCAACGGAACACGGGGGAGUCCGGGUCUUGUAAAUAACGGCCCGGCGCCAGGUGCCGUUGCUGCCUUUGCUGUGGGAACCGCCGUUCCGGCCAGCGCUGCUUCCCGCCUUCAUGCAAGGCGGGACGCGAGAAGCGACAGCGACACGGACGAAGAGUCGCAUCAUGUCUCUGGUUACAUCUACCGUGCGCGAGACAAACUCCAGCCCGGUAUGGGUAUCUUCAAGCCCACGCCGUACCUCGACGAAUGGAAGACAGCCACGGUCGGAACCCUAGAUGGUGCCCACCUUGACCUCGACGACGUGCAACCAGUUGCGGACGGGGACAGGGCCACCCCCUGGUGGGAAGGGAGCAAAAGAAGAGGCAGCAUGGCUGCCCGACCAAAGAAGGCCGAGGCGUUCAAGGGCGAAUAUGAUGACACAAAUGCCCCUACGAGAUUCAAGCCUCCACUGUACUUGAAGUGCGGCCCGUUACUGAGAUACUGUGGUCUGCGGUACGAGCGCGUGCCUAGCCGUUCAGCACAGGACGGGGCCGGGACCGUAGUUGACAAGGAAAUAUGGAGAGGCUCUGUCAUGAUCGUCACGACGGAUGCCGAUUCGUCGUAUGAUAUCGCCCCGACAUUGAGGUUAUUUGUCCAGCCCAUCGAGCUACUGCCGCCUCCUCCAAGGGAGAUCCAAGGUGACGAGCCCCUGGCGCCCGAGUACGUCGAUCCCAUUGCGGGCCACCCAAAGCUUGGCCGGAAGGGCGAGACUCUUUAUGUGAGACCGGUAGACCAUCUUGAUGAGGCCAAAGACCUGUCGAGAGACGAAACGGACAACGGCUUGUUUGAAAAGUCAAAGAGCCCGUCCGAUAUGCCUCUUGGCAAGGGCGUGGUAGAUCCGCCAGGCUCGUUUGCCGCCAGGAGAAAGCGGGCCGACAUUGACGGGGAGAAGGCAGGCAAAUACAAGGACGUCCGAGGCUUCAGAUUGCACGCUGAGCGGGGUUAUACCUUUUGGAGAUUCAACAUCGAGGUCGAGCUGGGCGAGAAGCAGCAGCGCAUCGCGUACCGGAUCAAUAGAGGCCCGUCGACGGGGUUCUGGGUGCCGGCCAAGGGCCAGGCCAUGAACAUCAUGUUCCACAGCUGCAAUGGCUUCAGCAUGACUGUUAAUCCCGACCAGUUCAGCGGACCGGACCCCAUGUGGCGCGAUGUGCUCAACUCGCACCAGAGCCAGCCCUUCCACGUCAUGAUCGGCGGCGGCGACCAAAUCUACAACGAUAAGUGCAUGCAAGAGACCAAGCUCUUUAGGGAGUGGCUCAUGAUCAAGAAUCCCCUGCACAAGCAUAAUGCGCCCUUUACUACCGAGAUGCAGAACGAGCUCGAAACCUUCUAUCUGGAGCGCUACGCCAUGUGGUUCUCUCAGGGCCUGUUCGGCAUGGCCAACUCGCAGAUCCCCAUGGUCAACAUGUAUGAUGACCACGACAUCAUCGACGGCUUCGGCUCUUACCCCCACCACUUCAUGAACUCGCCCGUCUUCUCCGGGCUUGGCAACGUGGCCUUCAAGUACUACAUGCUGUUCCAGCACCAGAGCACCGUCGAGGAGACGGAAAAAACGGAGCCGAGCUGGACCCUGGGUGAACGGCCGGGGCCGUACAUCACAGAGCGGAGCCGCAGCUUGUUCAUGCACCUGGGAGCAAAGGUUGCACUCCUCGCCGUCGAUGCCCGCACAGAGAGGACGCGCGAGGACGUAAUCCGCGAGGACACGUGGAACAAGAUCAUAGACCGUUGCUAUGCCGAAAUCGACAAGGGCAAGACAGAGCACCUCCUCGUCCUCUUGGGCGUACCUGUAGCCUACCCACGGUUAGUGUGGCUCGAGAAUAUCUUGACGUCUCGAAUGUUGGACCCUGUCAAGGCUCUCGGUAAACUCGGCCUCUUUGGCGGGUUUCUCAAUAAGUUCGACGGUGGCGUUGAAGUUCUCGACGAUCUGGACGACCACUGGACAGCCAAGAACCACAAACACGAGCGGGCCCUUAUAAUGGAGGACUUACAAGACCUAGCGGCAAGCAAGUCUGUCAGAAUCACGAUCCUCAGUGGCGAUGUGCACCUCGCGGCUAUCGGCCAGUUCUACUCGAACCCAAAGCUUGGGCAUGUGAAGCACAAGGACUUUAGGUACAUUCCAAAUGUGAUCUCAUCGGCCAUCGUCAACACUCCACCGCCCGACCUGAUGGCCGACAUUCUCAAUAAGCGCAACAAGGUGCACCACUUUGACAAGGAGACGGACGAGGACAUGAUCCCCAUCUUCGAGCAUGGUGUCGAUGGGAAACCGCGCAAUAACAAGCGCCUGCUCCCGCACCGCAACUGGUGCUCAAUCCGCGAGUACGUGCCCGGGAACACGCCGCCACACACUCCCGACCUCUCGGAACACGACUUCACCCCCCUCGACACUCCUCCGGGUGUGGCCAACGGCGGCGGUGGCAGCGGCCCAGUGAGCCUCUUCCGCCGCCUCUCCAAGUCGCGCAACCGUGGGCCGUCCUUCCACGGGCCCGAUGGCGUUCACGACCGAUCUCGCCCACCCAUCUCGGGCGGCCUGCUUCGUACCCUGUCCCGUCGCGCCGGCAUUGCCAGUGCGGACGAAGUUGGCAACCAUCAGCAGAAACCACCUGGUCUGUUGACACGGACACUCUCGGGGUCCUCCAUCAGUGGUCGGUUCGGCGGGCUAUUCCGUCGGCGCAGCAGUAUUAAGAAGCACGAUGACGGCGGUAUCAACGGCAACUGGGGUGCCGAGACCGACGAGGAUGACAGCUACAGCUACGACCCCCAACACCGCGGCGGUGGUGUUGGUCUGCGAGGCGGCCUAGGCCCCGCUGGCCAUCACCACCAGUCUGUGAGCGGCAGCGAUACCAACGAUGACGAUAACGGAGAAGGCUACAGCCGCGAGUACGCUGACGGCGACGAGAGCUACUUCUCCGUCAAGGCGGCAGCAGCGACUGCUCGAGACCACUCCCACAACGACAAGCCCCUCCCCCCAGACCCGGCGCCCAGCCCCCCUGCCGCUGCAAUGAUGAGCGGCGCCGUACCCGCGGCGCCCAUGGUCGGCAUGCCCAAGGCAGCACCGGGGCCCGGUGACGCAGCGCCCGAGCAGGACUUUGCGCCCCGGCCCUUCCACCGCGCUCCGACCGGCCUCUCGGUCAAGCAGCGCAAGCGCGCCGAGGACUUUGUCGUCAACCUCGAGGGCGGCCUCGAGGUCUGCCUUAACGUCGAGAUCAGCCCCCGCGACCCCGGCGGCUCUACCGUUCCCUACCGCCUCAUCGUCCCCAAGCUGUGGUACGAAGACCUCCCCGAGGAUGUCCAGAAUGCCGGUGCUGCUACUGCUAGCGCAAACCCCCCUAACCCAGCUGCGCCUUCCGGGAUAAAGCGCUUCAUUAGCCUACGGCGAGGAGCUAGUAAAUAG